UUAAUUGUGUUUUUAUUCGGUUGUUUACGUUGCAAUAAUCAAUACAUACCGGAAGAGAAUACACCCAUCAGCUAUCUAAAAACUACGGUUGUAAAUACCUUAAGAGUGAAAUGUCGGUAUUUAUAUAAGUUGAGUUUUAUUGAACUAAGGUUAUAAACUUAUAAAAAGCUGUAUUUACACGAAUCUUACAGGCAGUAAUAUUGGAGGCUAUAAACCAGGAAAUUUCAGUGAAAUAAAUAUUGGAGUUUCCAAAUUGAGAUAUUUUCGAUAUAUAAGAACGUCGUUGUUUUGAACAAGGAGUUAUAUAUAUAAUCAUGGAUGAAACGAAAAUAAAAGAACUGAUCAGUGAGAGUGUGAGUGCGAAGAAACAUGCGUACUGUAAAUACAGCAAUUUUCCUGUUGGCGCGGCACUGCUUUGUGAAGAUGGCACAAUAUUUACAGGAUGUAAUAUAGAGAACGUCGCCUACUCGUCAAUAUGUGCUGAACAGACGGCCAUAGCCAAGGCCGUUUCGGAAGGUCACACGAAGUUCAAGGCCAUUGCAGUCUCCAGUAACCAGACUGAAAAUGUCAUAUCGCCUUGUGGACCUUGUCGACAGUAUCUAGUAGAGUUUGGAGGCAACUGGGACGUAAUCAUGACGAAACCGGAUAUGACGUAUAAGAUGAUGAAAACUAGCGAGUUACUUCCCUUGGGAUUUGUUCAGAAUCCGUUCUUGCCCACUGCCAAGAAAUAAUAUUGACUAAUUUGUUCAGAACAAAUCUACCUGAUACAUUUAAGACAAUUUCAAGAAAUAUCGUGUACAUUUACAGUUUUUAAUAUUUUUAUAUUUUAAUUUGGUCAAGUUUCUUAAAGCUGCACUCUCACAUAUUUACCGUUUUGACAACUUUUUUAUUUUAUUUUUUUUUUGUCUUGGAAUGAGCCAAAUUUUGUGCAAAAAUCGUUUUUCAUAUUUACGUUCGAAAAUUAAUGAUUUAUGACUGAAAAUGUUAUUAGGCCAUUAAAAAAAAUGCAUAAAACAUCACUUUUUGAACAUCAGUAUAAAAUCCUGGGAUCUGAUUUUUAAAACGGUAAAUCUAUGAGAGGGCAGAUUUAAAUAAGACGAUAUAAAGAGAAAUCAAUACUUCUGACAAGCGAUGAGAAUGGUGCGCCUUUCAUCACAGUCAAUAUAUAGUUUCAAUAAAACGGUCAGCUGGGGCCGUUUUCAAUAUUGUUCUGUCAUCAACCUUAGACACGCCUCAGUGAUUCCAAUCAACUCAUUGGUCAGUUAUUUUACUGUCUGAGCAGAACAUUUGGAUUCAAAUAUUCAAAUUAAAUGGAAUCGGGGUGGUUAUUAAAUACAGCUAAGCUCAAUUGAAUGUAGUUUCUGCUUUCUAUUAUGUU